UCCGGCUCUCGGCUCCUCCCCCGCGGCCGGCCGCGUCAUGCCAGCCGCUGCUCGGCGGUAGUGCCCGGCACGACGCCGCCGCCCGCCUGCCCGAAGCCGCGCCCACUGCCCAGAGCCAGAGGGAUGGUGGUAGUCACGGGGCGGGAGCCAGACAGCCGUCGCCCGGACGGUGCCAUGUCCAGCUCCGACGCCGAAGACGACUUUCUGGAGCCGGCCACCCCGACGGCCACGCAAGCGGGGCACGCGCUGCCCCUGCUGCCCCAGGAGUUUCCCGAGGUUGUCCCCCUUAACAUUGGAGGGGCUCACUUCACUACACGCCUGUCUACCUUGCGGCGCUAUGAAGAUACCAUGCUGGCGGCCAUGUUCAGCGGGCGCCAUUACAUCCCCACGGACUCCGAGGGCCGGUACUUCAUUGACCGAGAUGGUACACAUUUUGGAGACGUGCUGAAUUUCCUACGCUCAGGGGACCUGCCUCCCUGGGAGCGUGUACGGGCUGUAUACAAAGAGGCCCAGUACUAUGCCAUCGGGCCCCUCCUGGAGCAGCUGGAGAACAUGCAGCCGCUGAAGGGUGAGAAGGUGCGCCAGGCGUUUCUGGGACUCAUGCCCUAUUACAAAGACCAUUUGGAGCGGAUUGUGGAGAUUGCCCGGCUGCGUGCAGUACAGCGGAAGGCCCGCUUUGCCAAGCUCAAGGUCUGUGUCUUCAAGGAGGAGAUGCCCAUCACCCCCUACGAGUGUCCACUCCUUAACUCCCUGCGCUUCGAGCGGAGCGAGAGUGACGGGCAGCUCUUUGAGCACCACUGUGAAGUGGAUGUGUCUUUCGGGCCCUGGGAGGCCGUGGCUGAUGUUUAUGACCUGCUGCACUGCCUGGUCACGGACCUCUCAGCCCAGGGCCUCACCGUGGACCACCAGUGCAUCGGGGUGUGUGACAAGCACCUCAUCAACCACUACUACUGCAAGCGCCCCAUCUAUGAGUUCAAGAUCACAUGGUGAAAGAGAAAAAGAUCCACAAGGAUCUGUUAGCACUGCAUUUCCUUCUUGGUCUGUCUGCAUCCUGGGCCAAGUAGUCAGGGUAUGGACAUGCACCUCCUAAAGGAGAGCUAUACAGUACCACUGAUCAGAAUGUUACAUUUCUGUGCUACAUUAAGGGUGUCUCUCU